AUGGCUUUAUCUGCAUCUUCUUUCUUGAUGACUACUCCAACUUCAACUUCGAAUGAAAAUCCAAUUGGAAAUACUAGUCAACCACAAACUGAUACACCUUCAACUUCUAAUGGGCCCGAUACUCUCAAGCCUUCAAAUGCUGAAGUGUUGCCACAAGAAACCAAAGCCAAUGAUUCUGCACCUAUUGAAGAAGGUGAGAGAAAACCUGCUAGACCUCCUUCAAUUAUUUGGGAGCACUUUAUUAAAAUGCAAGAUGAUCCAAAAAAUCCUAAGGCAAAAUACAAAUAUUGCAAUAAAGUGUAUGCAUGUGGUAGCAAAAGAAAUGGGAUAUCAAACUUGUUGAGUCAUUUGGAAAAUCAAUGUAAAGAGUAUCUAGGUUGA